GAGUAUCAGCAUCGCUGCAGAGGAAAGGCUUUGGAAGCGGUCCUGAUGCCGCGUGCUAAAAGAGCUUUGAAGCUGGAAAAUUUUAUUCCAGAAAAAGUGCCAGUAAAAAGAAAGAAAAAUGAGCUUUUUUCACCAACAACAGGAACAUGUCUACUCAGUGCAUUUUCAAGCCCCACGAGUAAUCAUGUCAAAGAACAGAGAAAUGAUCUAUCAAAUGAUUAUUCAAGCUGCAAAAAUAAUGCUGAGGAAUCGGAUAAAAUCAGAGAGUCUUCCAAAGUCCUGCCAAUCCAAUCCAAUAGAAAGGAGCAGCAUGAAAUGAAAAACAAUGACAAACUCUUGGUAUUGCAGUCUGAAGUUGAACAUUCCCUGGAAAGAUUCCUGCGAAUCCGAAAAAAACUAACCAAUCUGAAGGCUUUAGAGGGCACCAGAGAGCUGGAAAAUAUUCUGGGUACUUCAAACAAGUCUGGUAACUUAAAAAUUGAAGUGAGAAAAUCCAGGAAACUGAUUGAGGAAGUCAGAAAGAGAAAUCUGGGAAAACUGGGUGCUGUUGGAUUUGCUACUCAAGAGAAUCUCCAACCUGACAAUAGCUUUGCAUUCCUGAAAUCUCUCAUUGGCUAAGGUCUUAAGAAUAUAUCAAGCUUGGCUGCAAGAUUCUACAACUGUCUGAUCCUACUUAAAAGGUUAAAAAAAACCCUUCCUGUAAAUCUAUCUCUCCAGCAAAUACCAGCUAAGGAUUGCUCAGUGUACCAGGCAGGUGCACAUCUAGAUACAGUUUCUUGCAUCUAAUUUAAACUUUACAAUCUGUACAACCAGUUAAUCUCAAUGUAAAUAAUACACUUGCCAUAGCUUUUUAUGCAAAUAUGUAAUGGCACAAAUUGUAUUCCUUCUGUAUAGUUUAAAAGCUAAGAAAACUCGUCCAAUCUUGGUAAAAAUUCUUUAAUGAGCUUUUCACUAAAUUUUGUAAGAAGGCCUAUUCUUAGAGAUGGAUGCUAUUUCCCAGGCCUUCAAACAAACUGCAAAUUUCACAGUAAUUAUAUGCUCAAUGCUGCCUUUGAUGGCCUGCCAAUUCUACCACAAACAAUGGAGAUGCCUUGCCAAUUUACAGCACAUUGUUUAUCUUAUCAGCACACACAAAUUCAAGCAAAUAUGCCAUUUAUCUUUGGAUAUAACCAUUCCUUUAUUAAUAAAGACUUAUGAGAUCCAAACAUUGUAUAUGCAGUUACUGUUUUAGCAACAUUGGUUUCCCAGUGAAGUUCAGUUUUUUUUAUUGCUAGUGAAACCAUCUAAUAUCUGUUUUGUGUUAUUGGAACUUAAACUACUAAAUACAUUAAAACUCAAUCCUUAAAAGGUUAAGUAUUUUUGUGAAAUAGUAUCUGCAAGCGUAAAAAUUAAACUGGUUCUAAUAUAAUAAGG